AUGAAUCCCUCAAAUGCCAUAGAAGGGCAGGGAAUCAAUUUGACCGUCGGUUCCGCCCCGACUGCCUUCUUUAUCUGCAACUGGUAUCGAGGGGGAGAUAGUCAAAAAAAUUUGAUCGUCACCAUCUACCUGCUUCCGUUAAGCGGCUACGUCUUUGGACCUGCCUACACUGGGCGAGAAACUCCAGGCCCGAAUUGUUCUCUCCACCUUGAAAAUCUAAACCAGGAUGACUCUGGGAUUUACACCGUGACCGAAGAUGGGCCUUCUGUCCAUGGAAAAGGAGAACUCAGCGUCGAGGUUCUAGCUCCGGGCUUACUACCCAAGCCGAGUAUGUCCAUCGUCCAGCUUUUCCGAGAGAAUAUGGAUUCGGUCCAUCUCAAGUGCGACACAACUGUGAGAUUUGCAAAUAUCAGCUGGCUGCAGAAUGGGAAACCCCUUAACUCCUGCCCUCGGAUCCAGCUGUCCAAUAAUAACCAGACCCUCACCAUACAGCCUGUUCUCCGUCAUGAUUCUGCCGCGUAUCAGUGUCAUAUUUCCAACCCCUUGUCUGCUCAAAGGAGUGACGCCGCCACCAUUUCGGUGAUCUAUGGUCCAGACCCUCCUGUCAUCAAGAUAACUGCCAAGUUCCUCACCCAACCCUCCAGCCAAAGACUCAACUGCAAAGCCAGGUCGUUUCCUGAAGCCGAGUAUCGCUGGUUCCACAACGGGAAGGAAUUCAGCAAGAAGGCCGAAGUUCUUCUAAAGAACAUUCAUUUCCACAUGGCUCAAGCUGAAGAAACAAUUCCUAUUAAGGCAGUUCCUCCAAAUCCAAUGGAGACCCAAGAGGUCCUGCUGAUCCCACCGGUUCCCCCGGAUGAUACUUUCCUCUGCAACUGGAUCCGCCAGCUAACAGAGACUGAGGAGUUUGUGCGGGAGCCGAAUGUCAUCAUCACUCCAGCCCCUUUCCUGAUGGAAUUUCAGUCCAUUCAGCUACGCUGCAAUACAAGCAUCACUCAAGACGUUAGCUGGUUUAAGGACGGAGACUCUCUCGGCAAUGGCCAAAAUCUCACAGAUUCCAACCGGGUCCUCUCCAUCGCCUCGCUAAAGCGGACGGACACCGGGAAAUACCAGUGCCAAGUCUUCAACGGUAUCACUACGGUCAAAAGUGAACCGGAAUACCUCAGCGUGAUCUAUGGUCCAGAGGUACCUGUCAUCACUCCAAAUAAAGCCUGCCAUGAAGAAGACGUAAACAUCAAACUCACCUGUCGGGCUGCUUCCUGGCCCGAGCCUCAGUAUACUUGGUACCGUGAUAAUGUCCUGAUAGAUUUCGGGCCCAAAUUAUUCAUCGAAAACUUCAACGAGAGCCAAGCCGGGAUCUACAUCUGCGAAGCCAUGAAUGACCUCCUUCAAAAACAGUCGAGAAGCAAUAGUCAGCACAUUCACUUGAAGAAAAGUUGCGUGAGCGAGGUGACCGUCGAUGGUCCAUUAGAAGGCACAGAGGACCAAAGCACCUCCUUGACGUGCACAGCCCAAGGUGACAACGUUACGUAUUUUUGGACGAAAGACAACCGGACCGUGAAUGGAAAUGGACGUAUCAUUUUGACAGAGAAUGGCCAAAACCUCACUUUCAACCCAUCUCAUCGAACUGAUGCUGCGCGCUAUACGUGCCAUGCUCACAACAGCUACUCUUCCAGUCAGAGCGAUCCCGUUGCCUUAAGUAUCAUAUGUGAGUCUGAUCUUCUUAUCUUGGAUCAUGCCAUGUAG